AGUUGUACAUCGACGACAUCGACCAAUAACACAUAACAUCAGCUGUUUUUUUUUUUCACUUCCAAAAAUCCACUCUACCACCUCCAACACUUUUGAUGAUCUCACAUUGACAAAAUUCGCAAGUUAUCACGAAUUGUUUAUUUUUAGAAACAAAAAUGUUCUUGCAAAACUAGUCGUGAGGAUGGUGUCUUGGUCGGUGGACGUCUGUAGUCAGUGGUGAAAAAACUGCCACUCAUUUUUCCGCGGAGUAACGACCCAAGGAAGAUCUCCAUCUCCAUUUCUCAAGGAAUUUUUGUUAAUUAUUUCAGGAAUAAUCUAAGUGAAAGUUGUGGUUCUGAAAUUGGGCCUCAAUCCCUCUCAUCUCAACAUUUUAUGGAUUGAUUUCGUGAUAUCUUCCGCCUCCGUUGGUGUUCUUUGUUCAUCAGUUUUGGAAUAAUGUCAACAAUGAGGAAAACAAAGUCACGUAUUUUCUCCGAUAUUUAUAACCAGCCGUAUGAUUACGGAGUGAGGACAAAGCUUUACUCCAGCAGCAAAGCAUCUCUGCAAUUAAUCCAACGCAUGUCACUUCUGAAGCGUCUAAAAGUCCACAACGGCUGUGUAAAUUCUAUAUGCUGGAAUAGCACUGGUGAUCUGAUACUUUCAGGAAGUGAUGAUCAGCACUUAGUACUCACAAACACCUACAAUUACAAGAUACAGACGGAUUACAAGACAAGCCACAGAGCAAAUAUUUUCAGUGCUAAAUUUCUACCUGGCACUGGAGACCAUCGAAUUGUGUCAUGCAGUGGAGAUGGAAUAAUUCUCUAUACAGAUCUUAUGAGGAAAUCAGAGACAUUUAACAAUCAAUUCACCUGCCACAGUGGUACGACAUACGAAAUAGCAACAGUACCUGGUGAGCCUCACAGUUUUCUCAGUUGUGGGGAGGAUUGCAGCGUCCGAUACUUCGAUCUUAGGAUCAAAACCUCUUGUAAUACUCAAAGAUGCACAGACGAUAUUUUAAUCUCAUGUCAACGUGCAGUGACUGCCCUCUCAGUAAAUCCAACGACACCCCAUCAUCUAGCGAUUGGAUGCUCUGAUAGCACAGUCAGAAUAUAUGAUCGACGAAUGUUAAAUGUUCGGAAUCUAGCUUGGGCAGGUGGAACCAAUACAUCGGCUGUUCCACUGUCUCUAUUUACAGUCCCUGAAUUCGAGGGAAAUUCCUACAGAAUAACUUCCCUCAGCUACAGUCCAGAUGGUAAUGAUGUUCUUGUCAGUUACAGCAGUGAUCAUCUCUAUUUAUUCAGUGCGAAGGAUUAUGGAUUGAAGCAAUUGAAGAAGGAAUCCUCAAGUAGAUCUAAGGACAAAAAACACUCAGUGAGAUCUCCCCAGCCAGUCAGAAGAUUAAGAUUAAGAGGCGAUUGGUCAGAUACUGGACCAGACGCACGUCCAGAGAGGGAAGGUGGACGCCGUAGUGGAACUGAAAUAGCUCAGGCGAGACCUGUUCUUCAUACUUCACUGAUGCAGAGGAUGACUGACGUGUUGAGUAGAAUGUUAAAUGAUCCAGCAACGAGAGCUGCUCUCAGUGGAGGUGGCGAGGAUAAUCUGACGGGUGUCAUUGAUCAACAGGCUGAGGCACAGAAUCAGUCCAAUGAAUCAAAUCCGGAGAUUCUGGAGGAUAUAAAUGAUCUACAGAAUAUGGACACUGAAUCCAAUGCUCAUGCCAUUGACGAAACUCAUGAAAGCGAAAACAUGGAUACAGCCGUCGAAAAUACUUUGUUACCUACGGAUGACCAAUCUCUUGAGACUGAAGAAACCUCAGACAUUGUUGAUUCACCUGAGGAAAAUACCUUCAUCUCAGUUAGCGAAACAAAUCCCCACAUAUCAAUCAACGAAGAGUCUAGCCAAUCCGAAAGUGGUAAAACGUCGAUUCAAUCUCUCACGACAUUGAGUAUAUCCCAGGAGGAAGAGACACCUGAGUCAAGGGAUACAGCUGUUAAUAUGGAUAAUUCUCGAGAUGAGGGUAUGAUGGAAAAUCUGCAGGACAGACUGACAUCUAUGAGAGAUGGCUUCCUCGAAAAACAUGGUAGUGAACCUGCCGUCAGCCUCACCUACUCGGAUAAAAGUUCCACUGGUGCCACGAUAUCCAUGGGAGUUGCUAAUGAAGUCAUUCGAGAGAGUUAUCAUGCAGGACCUUCAGGGAGCCAAAGUGCCGAGGAAGUUGCUUCUGGAGCAGGCCCAAGCAGUAGAAGAAGUCCGUCCUCGUACAAUGAUGUCAGAGAACAUACAGACGAAGAUGUAUAUAAUGACAGCGACGAUGAAGAGGAAGAAUCUGGUCAGAGAAGAGUUAAUCCAAUCGAAGAAGAAAUGGACAGAGCAGUGGCAGACGCCAAUGCCUCUCUAGGCCGCUCUGAAUCCUUCGACGAGAGUAAUUUCACAGAGUUGAGAGUUAAGCAGAGAUACAUGGGACAUCGCAAUGCAAGUUUCUUUAGGACCAUGAUCAAAGAAGCAAACUUUUGGGGUGACGAAUUCGUCAUGUCUGGGAGCGACUGCGGACAUGUCUUCGUUUGGGAGAGGGAUACCGCUAAAUUGUGUAUGCUCUUGGAAGCUGACCAGCACGUUGUUAAUUGCCUUCAGCCACACCCCUAUUUACCCAUGCUGGCUACGUCUGGCAUUGAUUAUGAUGUCAAGCUUUGGGCACCCAUUAAUGAAGAGGCUAAUUUCGAUACAAACUUUGCUGAGGAUCUGCAAAAGCGUAACGCAGUGAUGCUGGAGGAAACGAAAGAUACGAUAACGGUGCCAGCUGUAUUCAUGAUAAGGAUGCUGGCGUGUCUCAAUCAAAUACGAAGAGGACGCGGAAGAAACCGCAGAAGAAGUGGAGAUGAAGGAGAUGAUAUGCGAGGUGGAUAGAUACCCUCAUAUAAAAUUCUCCUUCAACUGUUGAUUUAAAAAGAAAAAAAUGUACGAAUGAGUCUGCGAAGAUAUUAGUUUAAUGUUGAUAAUUUAACUGCAUUUUUUGUUCUCUUUUCACGUGAAUGAAAUAAUUAAAAGUUUUUUGGAGUGUUAUCCCUUUAUAUGUUGAAUAAUUUUUUUCAUGGUUGGAUGAAUCAUUGUUCUCGAGAAAUCACUUCCACACUGCCUUCAUUGAUAAAUCGCUCUCCAUAUCCACGGGUUCAUUGAAGUUGUAGGAAUUGUUGAGAAAUUGUGCCUUAAAUGGUGAAUCAUUGAUUGUGGGUUCUGAAUUCGAGUGGUGAAACGUAGAGUCUUUAUUUCACAAUUAGAUUUAAUUGAUAAAUAAUCCUACAACAAAAGAUUCUGCUAAUGUGCAUUAUAAUUUGCACGUUUCACCACUUUAUCGCAGAAUUCAAAAUAGACAAUACAAUACCUAGAAUAAAAGUGCGUAAUUAUCAAAAUAGGAUUUGGAUAGAUAAGCAUACUAUGAUUUCAUCGAGUGCAAUUAAAAAUAUUUAUAGGUUCGCUAUAGAGAAGAGUUACUUUGGUACAUGCGACGAUGAAUUCAGUGAGAUUAUAUUAUUCUGUUAUUUGUAAUUGUAUAAAGAAUCAUUAA